AGUGAGGAUGGUAUAUUAAUCCAAUAAGUUCGAUUGAUUUUUCGGGGAAGUCAUAGAUAAACUCUUGAGGAUUUGCUAUUGCAGAAUACAAUUUCCCAGAAAUUAAUUUGAGAUGGCAAUGCGGAAUAUUGCGAGUUCGACUCUGCGUUUCAGAUUCUCUAUCUUUCCUUAGAAUUCAGCAGGUCGUCGAGCGGCAGAGCUCUUCGGCACAUUCAGUGUUCACUUCCAUUCAGUCGCUUGGUAACUAGCCACGGAAAUGGUUGUUCGUUUGUAGAGUUCGCGAUUGUAAUCUCUUGGGGUAUUUUUUUUGCCAAAAUUCUCAGAAGUAGCGUCAGAGGAACUGUGCUCAGUGGUUUAUUGAUUUGCCACCGAAGGAAGAAAAUAUAUUUUAUUCAGAAUUCAGUGGUUAAUCAUAAAGUGGGUAGUCUUUAGGAGUUGAUGAAAUCUCACCGGUUUAACGAACUUCCAUCACACGCAAGUGAGAUUUCCUGUGAAAGUGUCGUGGCCUAAAAUUUUUCGUUGUGAAAUAGCGGUUCUUCUCACUGAAGAAUUAUUUCUUAUGAAUUCUCAUUAGUUCUGCGGUUUAACCCAUAUUACAGACAUAAGUACUCCUCAUAAUGAUAGCAUUUUGCAUUGCGCAAUUUGCGAAAUCUCUUGAACUCUCGAGAUGCAGCAGUGAAUGUAUUGGGAAUACUGGCGGUAUCUAGAGAAGUUAUCACAACUGACUGGAUUUCCAGACAAUUCAUCAUUUUGCGGAGCCUGUGCUUGUUGUGAUAAGACUUAGUAGACUACCAGUUCCGAGUCUUAUCUUGAAUGACUGGAAGUGUAUGUGAUUCAUAAUAGAUAUUAAUUUGUUUUUAGUAAGAAAAAAAAAGUAUUGGUGAUAGCAAAUUCAACCGAAAAUGUCCAAAUUAUCGUUACGGUCUCUUGCAAAAUUGAAAUUCGUGCUCAUCCUACUGAUAAAUGUGGUGAGCAGAGUGGCGGGAAUCGAUCACUGCUCAUCCCAUCUCUUCGCCCUCAACGAUACCAGCACACAAUUUACCAAGGAAGUGGUUAACCAUGAAUAUGCUGUUCUGAAUCAAUUUAAGAGUUUGCAUUGCUGUGCCAAAGGAUACCGCAGCAUUGAAUGGUUCAAGAAUGGUAAACCUUAUCCAUGGCCUGGUGAUGUUUCCACGCUCAUCCUCUACCCGGAAGCGUCCAAUCAAACCAUCUACACGAGGCAUGCCUCUUUGGUGGACAACGGAAAUUACACGUGCAUGGUUAGCAACGAGAGCCUUAAGCUGGAGCAACACAUGACCCUUAUAGUCCAAGGCAACUCCCCGGACGCUCCACUGCCCACAUAUCGGCCCAAGGAUCAAACUGUGCAACUGGGCCACACAGCACGAUUCUACUGUGAAGCAUUCGUGGGGAAUUUGGGUCUGCCCGAUGUCAAAAGCGAUAUUUCUUGGUACAGAGUCUACGAGAGAGAUCAAGAAGCCAUACCAGAUGAUCAGCAAAAAGUCAUUCGAAGAGAAGACAACCAAAAUAUUGGAGCUAUUCUAGAGCUAACCAAUGUUGAUGUCAAGAGCUAUGGGCGCUACAUGUGUCGCAUUGAAAUGGGAAAUUCUGCCCAUAGACUAGAAAUGUCGGCAUGGCUGUUUGGGCCACCCAUCAAAGCUGAAGACUCCUCCAGUGCUCUUCUGCAGUUCCUUGCCAUCUUUCUGGCGUGCUUGGCAUUCCUCGCACUUCUAACGGUAUAUCGGUAUGCUCCGACUUGGCGGCAGAUCAACCGGAAGAACUCCAACCAGUGUAGGAUGGAUCCUGCGGAGAAAUUCAACAUACCCACGAGGCCCUAGAUAAGCUAUUCGUGUCCAAAAUGUGUUACUUGAUAGAACUCAACAUUUCCAAAUUCACAACGUGUAUAGUUAAUUUGAUAUUGAUUGUAUUAUUAUAUUGUGUAAAAAAAAAAGAUUUUGAGGAUUAUUUUCUCGCAAAACUUAUAUACAAGAAAAAGUUGUAUUUGACAAAAGAAAAAAAGGCUUAAAAUGAAAGAUAAUGUGCUCUGAGUAUGAUUUAACUUUUGUCCUAAAAUUAGAUAAAAUUAGCCAGAGCAAAAUGUUAUAGCGAUAGUAGAUUUAAUUUAGCAUGACGGAGAAAUCUGAAUACCACAAAAAAUGCCAAAUUUUUUUCAGAUCAUUUCAUCAUAAAAAGAAGUUCACCAUUUCAUUUUAAUCUAAAUUGCUUUACUGUAAUAACAUUUUUAGUGAAUUACGGAGGAAAUAAAAACAACAAACAAGAAACACUCAGUAAAUGUUUACUUAACAAAUUGUGUGUAACUGGACGAUUAAGUACUGAAGAGAGAGAAUGUACAUCAAGUGUAAAAAAAUAUAGUUAAUCUUCAAAAAUCCUAUUAAUCGAAACAUGUGUAAAACUGCACUAAAACUAAACAUUUUCAUCCCAGAAAAGGUAUAAUUAAAUUUGAUUGAAGCUUCUAAGUCACGCUUCUAUUGUUUUCGAUUUUAAAUGAAUUAAAAGAAACUAAUUUAUUUUCACUUUCCAUAGAGAAUAAAUCUUUCGAAAUUAUACAGGUUGAUAGUAGAAUUUAUUUAUGUUAAGUUAAAUAUUUUUACAAUUGUGUGAAUAUACUUUUAUACUGUGUAGAACAAUUAUAAAUAAAUGAAGAAUGAAACAUGA